CAGCAGAGGUGGAACAGCCUAGAGCGCAGCCCAAAAAAGACAAGAGCAGCAGCGGCGUAAAAGACGCAGGGGGGAGACGCACGAAGACGCGUCUUAUUGGCUGUUACGCAGGGAAAGGACGAUGUUAAGGUGAGCCGAGGAGGAGAGGUGAACACAACUUGACAUCGGACAUUGUUUGGCAUCAAUUUGGACGCCCGGGAGGAGCUGAAACGCGACGAGUCACUCCUUCUCGAACCCACGUGCUGCUGCUGAUCUGCUGCUGCUGCCUCAAGAUGGCAGGAGGUGAUCAAAGAUAACCGGGGGGAAAAGUUUGUCUUCAGGCGCACAUCAAGGCGAAAAACUCUGAAAUUUUGUUCAAGAAACAUUUUAUAACUUUCUUAAUUUAUAAAUAAGCCACCAAAGAACGAACAAUGGCAUCUUACAGCCCCGCCCCGACACAAGAGGCGCCUAAUGGCAGACCCCCAUCGCCGACAUCUGAAGGCUCGGGGGAGUCCAUGAAGCUGAAGAAGGAGAUCUCCCUCGUGAACGGGGUCUGCCUGAUCGUGGGGAACAUGAUCGGCUCGGGGAUCUUCGUCUCACCCAAGGGCGUCCUCAUGCACAGCGCCUCCUACGGCCUAUCUCUGGUGGUGUGGACCAUCGGCGGGAUCUUCUCCGUGUUCGGGGCCCUGUGCUACGCCGAGCUGGGGACCACCAUCACCAAGUCGGGGGCCUCCUACGCCUACAUCCUUGAGGCCUUCGGGGGCUUCCUUGCCUUCAUUCGCCUGUGGACGUCGUUGCUCAUCAUCGAGCCGACCAGCCAGGCCGUCAUAGCUAUCACGUUCUCCAACUACAUGGUGCAGCCCAUCUUCCCCACCUGUGUAGCUCCAUACAUCGCCAACAGGCUGCUGGCUGCUGCUUGUAUAUGUUUGCUGACGUUUGUGAACUGCGCAUAUGUAAAGUGGGGCACCAGGGUCCAGGACUUCUUCACCUACGCCAAAGUCAUCGCUCUCAUCGCUGUCAUCAUCACUGGCCUGGUGAAGAUCGGACAAGGUCACACACAGAACUUUGAAGGCCUGUUCCAUGGCUCCUCUCAGGAUCCAGGACACAUUGCUCUGGCUCUGUACUCGGCUCUGUUCUCCUACUCCGGAUGGGACACCCUCAACUUUGUCACAGAGGAGAUCAAGAACCCAGAGAGGAAUCUGCCGCUGGCCAUCGCCAUUUCCAUGCCCAUAGUGACGGUGAUCUACAUUCUGACUAAUGUGGCCUACUACACCAUCCUCCCCAUCAAUGCGAUCUUAGACAGCGAUGCUGUCGCUGUGACGUUUGCAGACCAAGUAUUUGGUGUAAUGAACUGGACGAUUCCCUUGGCGGUGGCUCUCUCCUGCUUCGGAGGACUCAACGCCUCCAUCCUGGCAUCCUCCAGGCUGUUCUUCGUGGGCUCCAGAGAGGGCCAGCUGCCCGACUACCUGUGCAUGAUCCAUGUCAACCGCUACACUCCCGUCCCCGCCCUGCUCUUCAACGGCAUCAUGGCUCUGAUAUACCUGUGUGUAGAAGACGUCUUCAGGCUCAUCAACUACUACAGCUUCAGCUACUGGUUCUUCGUCGGUCUGUCCAUUUUGGGGCAAAUGUAUCUGCGCUGGAAGCAGCCAGACAGGAAGAGACCACUAAAGCUCAGCCUCUUCUACCCCAUCGUUUUCUGUCUCCUCACCGUCUUCCUGGUGGUGGUGCCGCUCUACAGCGACACCAUUAACUCCCUGAUCGGCAUCGGCAUCGCCCUGUCAGGAGUGCCUGUUUACUUCCUCUGCUGCUACACUCCGGCCAGCAAGAGGCCACUGUGGCUACGGAGCUUCAUCGCUAAAUCCGGCGUGCUGAUUCAGAAGGUGUGCUUCUCUGUCCUGACUGAAAUGGAUGACAAGGAAGAGUAGACGCUUGGAUUUAACGCCCUGACGAAUGCUGACGACACACAAAUGUAGAACCUGGACUCAUCCUGGCCGGUCGCAGCCGCCUCACGGCCUCAGUGGAUGAAACAUUUGAGCUUGAGCUGGACCCCGGCUCUCUGAACUGUCAAUCGUCACCCAGUGGCAAUGAUAAUGAAUGCAUGAAUGAUGGCGCCCGGGUGGUUGUUGGCAAGAUUUCACUCUAGAGGCUUCAGAGAGAACAUUUUAAUGCACUCCUGAAGAACACCUGUUUCUAUGACAGAACUGUACUUAUUAGAAUUAUUUGAUAUGUCAAGUCAAGUAUUUUGUAUGAAAUCACAUACAUGUAAUACAUUUUUGAUUGUACUGAAAGGUGGCAAAUUAUUAUUAUGACUAAACUGUUUAAAUGGACAGGAGUUAUUUGAAACUACAAGCACUGCUGACCAUAGAAACCUUGGUAUUAUUAUUAUUUGCACACAUGAAAUCAAGCAGUUAAGGAGAUUAGAAUGUGCUUCCACAUUCACCAAUGUGGGGGAAAUAGUUCAUAAGAAGUUUUAUACUGUAGGGUGCAAAGUCUGGUGAAGUGAAGGGCUAUUUUUAUCAUUUUUUCUGCAGUGUCUUCGUAAGAGUUUGAGACAGUUGAGCUGCAAACAUGUAUUGCUAAUAAAAUGACUUGUUGACAACAUAAAUGGAUGUAUUUCUUU